AAGUUUCUUCUGUCCUGUCCAUCCUUCCGGACCCACAGACUAUUCAGAUACUUGCUUUUUAUCCAUACCUUUCUUAUUAGGAAUAUUUUUCUGCUCUCGCUUCCAUUAUAGCUCUGUUUUCCUGCUUAUGUCUCGUUCUGGCCGAAGGAACCCACGAUCCUCGACUGGAUAUGUUCUCCUGCCUGCAUCAAAUGCAGCGUCGCAACAGGUUCUGAUUCCUAUCGCGCCAACGAAAACCCUGUUGAGCUGGACGUUUGGACGUGGGACUGUAACAUACCUAUAGAUCUGGCGCAUCUGGCCAGCGGUUUUGCUACAUACUGCGUUUGCCGCUGCCGUCGUCUCCGUGUCCUUGACCACCCGCUUCAAGCUUGGUAUUCCAAAUGUCAUGUUAACAUUGCUCGGUGUGGUUAUUGGUUUCGUUAUAUCAUACCGAGCAAGCUCUGGGUAUGAACGUUACUGGCAAGGUCGGUCAUAUUGGUCGGAUGUCAUGCGAACAUCUCGAACUUUUGGUCGCCUAAUCUGGUUCCACGUCCCUUUGCGAGCCUUCAAUGAAGACGGUAGCGACGCGUCCGAUGACCCACACGGGAAGAAACCUGAGAAAGCGCGACAGGUGCGACGCAUAAUGGCGGAGAAGCGCAUGGCCUUACAUCUGGUUGAAGCCUUUUCUGUUGCUCUAAAGCAUCAUUUGCGUGGUGAGGUCGGCCUGUACUACGAGGAUCUUUACCACCUGGUACGACCACUCCAUAGUCACACGCACCACAGCCAACAUCAGAUGAAACUAACUCCAAGUCAAAGUCUUCGAGCAAAGGUCCCAAUCAUCCCUAGCGAACCAGCAACUAGUGAAAUACGGACCUCACCAUUAGCCGGCCCAUCAACCCAACAAACUAUACCAUCUGACUGCAUACCAACGAUAACUCGGAACCCUGUGAUACCACCCAUUAAUGCCUACGGAACGUUUCCUCACUCCAUGUCUCAUCAUCUCCAUCGCUCGUCUUCGUCAAUGUCAUCCUCAUCUACUGACAGUUCUAUUGGGGAAGGCAGACUGUUGCUGCCUGGUCAUGUACCCAGGAAUGACGGAAUGAUGAGCAAAGUGUCGAGUGAUUUGAUACCAUUUGCUAACAUCUUUGGAUAUGUGGCCAGGUCAUUUUUAAAGAUAAAAAGGAAAGUGUUUGGAAGAAGUCGGGCGAGUGAUGAUGUAGAGAACGGGACAACUACCGAGAACAAUGAAAAUGGGGAUAAUACCUUUGUGAACGCAGACGAUGCAGCUUUUCAAAGAAGAUGGGCAGAGUCAGGUCGUAUCUCCGCCGUUCCUUUCACGCACACAAAGCAUCGUCCCCGAAUCGCUGGUGGAGGAGAGAACGUUCCGCUUCAGGUAGUUCGUUGUCUUAGUCACUGGCUCAGCGUAAUGGAGGCUAGAGAUACCGUUCCUGGAAAUACACUAGCCAACAUGUUUGGAUGCCUCAAUAACUUAGAGGACAGUCUGUCCGGUUUGGAAAGAAUAUUGACAACACCGCUACCAUUUGUAUUCUCGGUCCACAUCAGUACGGUCUGGAUAUACCUUUUCUUCCUCCCAUUCCAACUCGUAGACCUCUUUGAAUGGUAUACAAUUCCUGGCGUAGGUAUCGCUGCUUUCAUAUACCUCGGAUUCGCAGCCGCGGGGGAGGAGAUUGAACAACCGUUCGGAUAUGAUGAGAAUGACCUCGAUCUCGACAUGUUUUGUCGGGAAGUUAUACAUGCUGACUUCGAACACCUUAAAAAGACGCCAUGCAUGAAUGUUUUCCUCGGAUCUCCUCAUCGUGCAGACGAAGUGACCAUAGAAGACCCACUGUCCAGUGUAGAACAUGGAAGAGUGGAGGAUGUAUUUGGACAUCCAUAACAAGGAAAGAAGGAAUCACAUUGACCUUGUAGUGCCUUUGGGAAGCAUAUUAUCAUGAGCCAAAAAUGUGUUCCCCCAAUUCUAAGGUUGUAGGUGAGAUGUACGCCGGCCCCUAACAACUUUGGCUCCCAAAAAUGUGUUGCGCGGGGUAUCUAGUCUUAGACCAAGAAUGAAAAGCUGAGUAGCAAUAACUUAGUAAUCUAAGGUCGACGGAGGUGGACAGAUAAGGACAGAUAGAAGUGACGGUGUUUACUCUUGUUUAUUCAGAUAUUUCAUUUUCGCGUCGAUUUGUCGAUUUUUCUUCAGUCUACAGCCAUUCAAAAGGGCUCUACGCGUAGGCACAAUCGUGUUCCCAGGGUAUAAUAAAGACUGGAAACUAGCCUACUCAGAACGC